UUAGAGGGAAGUAAGCCCCGCCCCUUCAGUGCUGUCGUUCAUGCGCAGCUAGAACGCUAACACAAGCAGACGAGUGAGAACGAGCUGAGAAAAAGAGUCAACUAUAGAGUCAGUUAUUAAAUUAUAUAACAACUGAGUGGAGUUGAAGGGAAACGAACCCGAAGUGAGAGAGAGGGAAUUGAUGACCGAGCGCCGGGAGUCUUAUUGUUUUCGGCCGAGUCUUGGAUCACUUUCCCAUAGCCAGCCUUCGGACGUACUUCUGCAGGGUCCAAAUGAGCUGGUGUGCCUGGCUUACAGAUUUGGCCCUGCCUCCAUCAAUAUCAACUGGCUUCUCGAUGGCACCACACAGCUCAGGAGUUACAAUACUAGUGAACUUCACUGAGGUCCAAAGGGAAAGUUCGGCAUCCAAAGCCGACUCCCUCUUUCCCGCCACGAAUGGCUACCUGGGCAGAUGUACACCUGCAGGAUAAACCAUUGUAACGAACGGAACAUGUCCAAACCAGAACCUUGGAGCAUCAUGAGUUCGGGACAGGCCUGUAUCUUCCUCAGGCGUGGCAACAGAAGACAGCAAAGACAACUGACCAAUGAGGAAAUAGAAGAGUUACGGGAGGCUUUUGAGGAGUUUGAUAAGGACAAAGAUGGCUUCAUAAGCUGUAAGGACCUGGGCAACCUUAUGAGAACUAUGGGCUACAUGCCAACCGAAAUGGAACUCAUAGAACUGGGCCAGAACAUCAACAUGAACUUGGGAGGAAGAGUAGACUUUGAAGAUUUUGUGGAACUGAUGACCCCCAAGCUUCUGGCAGAAACGUCAGGGAUGAUCGGGCUGAAAGAACUGAAAGAUGCAUUUAAAGAGUUUGACUUAGAUGGUGACGGCAGCAUCACCACUGAAGAACUGCGCCAUGCGAUGACCAAGUUACUGGGCGAGCAGACCACCAAGACCGAGAUCGAACAGGUGGUCCGGGAGGCAGACAAAAAUGGAGAUGGCACAGUUGACUUUGAGGAGUUUGUUAAAAUGAUGUCCCGUUAACGGCACCAUGAAGAAAUCCUGGAAGUGUGACAGAGGAAAGGAAGUCUUUUAGUACUUUCCCUACUAAAUAUCAACAUCUUGGACUAUUUUUAACUGCUGACUUUUUUUAAAUGCUUACCAGAAACGAUUUAUUUUGUUUAAUUUAUUUAUAAUAUUUGCCAUUUGUUGCUACGUAAGAAAAGAAGCAGCACAAUAUUUUACAUGUAAAUGUCUGCAAUGUAUUUGUAUUCUUGGACUUAAAACCUAAAACAUAAAUAUUAUUUUACUUGUUGUGUUUGUUUGUCUACUUUAUAUAUCAAGACAGUCCUAGCACAGAGUUAUGCAGUGACAAUGGCCUCGGAGAACCAGACCUUAAGUUAAAUAUUUGAUCUUUGACACAGUUUUUAUGAAGAAUGGAUUAUCAAUAUCAAAGGUCCUUGACAUCUGCUUCGGCAGUCAGUCUCUUGCAGCUGCUUUGCACUGAAAAAUAUGCUGUUGAAUUAUAUAUCUUCAAAAAUAAUCCAAUUGUUAAUAACUGAUGAACUGGUUGUGGGAGGCAACUGGACCUAUGCAUUCACUUGUUGUUGUUGGUGUUGUUGAUGUUGUAAUCUCUCUUAACUAAUCCUGUCUCACCACGCUUAAUGUGGUCAGGGCUAUCCAAUAGGAAAAAAGAUUUCAGCAUUUACACUGACAUGUAUAUUGUUUCCUAUAGAAUUGACAUAUUUAGUAAGAUUUGUAACACUGAACCCAUAUAACACAAGUUCAUGUUUUGAAACCAUUGGCAAUUGCAUAAGACAACCAAAUUAUUUGGUGUGUGUGUCUGGUGUAUGUAUAUGAAUUCAUACAUUUUGUAUGCAUGUAUAUGUCUGGAUUAAUCUGUCUUUAUGCCGUGGAUUAGUUGAGUCCAUCUAAUCCUGAUGACAUGAGCAGAUGGCAGAGAAGGAAGCUUUCAUGUACUAAAUUAAUCUAAUGUUACUCUGCAACUGGAAAAGGUUAAUGGAGAGAAUCUUUUAGAACAAAGUGUAUUAAGGUCAAUUCUUCCAAGUCCCUCAUUGUACUUGAGAUCUGUGCUGUGCGGAGGAUUCUGCUUAUCCCCAUCAUGAGUGAAAUUGUGG